CGGGAUCUGGGGCUGAGGCGCUGCGGCCUCGUGGGCAGACCGGAGCAUGGACACCCUCUUCGUGGAGGAGGUGGCGGCCUCCCUGGUCAGGGAGUUCCUCAGCAGGAAGGGCUUAAAGAAGACGUGUGUGACCAUGGACCAGGAACGCCCACGCUCUGAUCUCAGCAUAAACAGCAGAAACCAUCUCCGAAAGGUUUUGCAUCUUGAAGUUCUCUACAAGGAGAACAAGGCAAAGGGAAAUCCUCUAAAAACAAACCUUGAACUCAUCACCAGAUAUUUUCUGGAUCACUUUGGAAAUACUGGUAACAAUUUUACUCAAGAAACACUAAUGCCUGCACUCUCAAUACCAAAGAAAAGUAACAAAUUACCAUUGAGAUGCUCAGAGACCACGCUGGUAAAUAUAUAUGACCUUGCAAAUGAAGAUGCGAGUUGGAGAACAUCAUUGUCAGAAACAAGCAAAGCCAGACACGACAAUCUUAAUGGGGAUGUACUUGGUAAUUCUGCAUCAUCCAAAAGGGCCUCCCACAAAAGUAAGCCCUUGCAGACUGUCCCAGGUGAAAGCCCUCCUGUGGCUCCUGCUUGGGAGAAGAUGGACAAGCUUCAGUCAUCAGAGCCUUCCUUGGACACGAAGAGGAUGGGAGACAAGAUCAGGCCAAAGUCUGGCCUGAUUGUCCGAGGCAUGAUGGCCGGGCCCAUCGCCAGCUCCCCACAGGAUUCCCUCCGCAAACGCUCGCUGAGGCAGUCCCCGGCCUUGAGCAGCACGACUCAACCCCACGAGGAGGGGAGCCUACAAGCGCCCGAGCUGUCUGCUCACACCCCAGCCUGUCCCCCGCCUGUCCCGCAGGAGGGCCCGGCUUCCAGCACCACCUCCCCCCCCAGGAGCACCCUGGGCCUGCUCAGCCAGCUGACCUUGGAAAAGCGGAGAGCCUCGCCCAGCAGCCCUCCUCACCUGCCAGGCAAAGGGCUUUCCCAGAGCGGGAGCGGCCGGUGGAGAGACCUUUCAGAGGGCAACCCAGCCGUGGACAGCGGCCCAGAGGCCGACAGGACUGCCUUGAAUUUCUCCUUGUCCAGUGGGAAUGCCCCGACGACCCAGGAGAGGCUGGAAAGAGUGUUCAAACGGCAGGGGAGCCAGUCCCCAGCCCUCAGGAAUAAUCAGUUGCCAGCAUCCAGCAAGGUCGAUGGUGAGCUGGGUGUGCUGCAGCUUGAGGAUGUGGAGGAUGAAUUGGUAAGGGAAGAAGUCAUCCUGUCUCCAGUCCCAUCAAUGCUCAAGCUGCAAGUAGAGUCAAAGCCCAUCGACCUCUCAGUGGCAAAGGACAUAAAGACCAUUCUGUUUGGUUCCAGCUUUUGCUGUUUCAAUGAAGAGUGGAAACUUCAGAGUUUUUCCUUUAACGACUCAGCGUCAUUAAAAUAUGGCAUCGUGCAGAACAAGGGUGGUCCCUGUGGGGUUCUGGCAGCUGUCCAAGGCUGUGUCCUACAGAAACUCCUGUUUGAAGGAGAUAGCGGAGCUGACUGUGCUCGGCAGCUGCAGCCUUCAGACGCUCGUAGGACCCGCUGCCUGGCCCUGGCCAUCGCGGACAUUGUGUGGCGGGCUGGAGGCCACAAGAGAGCCGUGGUCACACUGGCUUCGAGAACACAGCAGUUCAGUCCAACCGGGAAAUACAAAGCAGAUGGAGUCUUAGAAACACUCAUACUCCACAGUUUGACCUGCUACGAGGAACUGGUGACUUUUCUUCAACAGAGCGUCCAUCAGUUUGAAGCAGGCCCCUACGGAUGUGUCCUGCUCACCCUGUCGGCCAUCCUGUCCAGGUCCACAGAGCUUGUCCGCCAGGACUUCGACGUCCCCACCAGCCACCUGAUUGGAGCACACGGAUACUGCACGCAGGAACUUGUCAAUCUGCUCCUGACCGGGAAAGCCGUGUCCAAUGUUUUCAACGACGUGGUUGAGCUGGAUUCCGGGAACGGGAACAUCAUGCUUCUCAAAGGCAUCACCUCGCGCAGCGACGUCGGCCUCCUGUCCCUCUUUGAACACUACAGCGUGUGCCAGGUCGGCUGCUUCCUGAAGACCCCGAGGUUCCCCAUCUGGGUGGUGUGCAGUGAGAGCCACUUCAGCGUCCUCUUCAGCCUGCAGCUGGAGCUGCUGCGAGAUUGGAGGACCGAGAGGCUCUUUGACCUUUACUACUACGACGGCCUGGCCAACCAGCAGGAGCAGAUUCGGCUGACCAUCGACACCACCCAGACCGUCCCCGAGGACAGAGACAACGACCUCGUUCCUCCCUUGGAGCUCUGCAUCAGAACCAAGUGA